AUUGCUGAACCUGCUUUAAUGGUUUACAUUGGAUAAUCUAUAAAGGGGGACACUGUACCUAAUUGGAUCAGUUCUCAGUUGCAUAAGUCUACGAAUUACAUAUUUGGUUAUCACAGUAAUUUGUACUUAUCAAUGCUUUCGUUUGUGGUAGUUUUCAUAGUACCAUUUCUGAUGGUGCGUGGAAUGGAGCUGGAACAUACAUCAGGACUACAUUUCGAUGUUAACCAGGAGUAUGCACCUUCUUAUGAAGAUUACAAACCGAGGGAUUAUAAAUUCGAAUAUGGAGUAUUAGAUCCAUAUACAGGAGAUCACAAAUCUCACUGGGAGUUACGAGAAAAUGGUGUUGUGAGAGGAGAAUAUAGAUUGCUGGAGCCUGAUGGUACUACAAGAAUUGUUCAGUACACAGCUGAUGAUCAUAAUGGUUUUAGAGCAGUGGUGAAAAAAAUUGGCAAGGCUGUUCAUCCCUUGAGUGGCCAUGAUUCAACAAACUCUUAUAGUUCUACAAUUCCACAGGAUGCAAGUACGAAUUACGAGGGUCAGCCCUACUACAAAGCGUAUGAUGGUUCGGGAGAAAAUUAUGCGAAUGGUCUACCCACUCCAUCCUAUUACCCGAACACUAAUAACCUAAGAGUUAUUAACAAUUUCCUACCUCAAACUGAAUCUCCAAAUACUUUUGGAAAUUUGCUCGAUAAUGUAGAAAGCAACCGCGGAUUACUGGGAGUUGAAAAUUUAAAAACACUGCAACAAGAAUCUCAAAAUAUACCUGAAGUAAUACCUUCACAUCAAUAUAUCCACUCUCAAGUUCCUUCUGAUGAAAUGAUCAAGGAUAAAGCGUUAAUUUCCAGCUAUAUUGGAAAGCCUUCUUACAUAUCAGAAAAUAUCGAUUUAGAUUCCCAGGGAGAAGUUCCUGCAUCCUUUCCAAUGCGACAAGAAGUGUAUGCUCCAUCAGGAUCAAUGUCAUUGAAUAAUGAAUAUCUACCUUUAGCAAUUCAAACAAAAAGUGAUGCAGGAUAUUCACAAAUAAAUUACGCACAAGAGCAGCAUUCUCAAAUUAUGCAACCCUUAUCGAUAGGAAUAAAAAUUGAUCACCCUCAUGGAGAGUCUUCUUCUUCUUUUUAUGGCCGAACUGGUAAUAUUGAAGAUGACGCAGCGUACAAAAGCCACGACUCUACUGAGACAGUUUCCAAUUGGUGAAAAUUUUCAUCAAACAUGAAAAGUAAAAAGUUACAUAAUCUGAUAUU